GUCUGCUCCGCCGUGGCCCCGGGAGGAGGCGGGGGCAGGGCCGUGUUGUCGCCGCUGGGAGGCGGUGGCGGAGGAGGAGGCAGCGGCGGCUCCGGUCGGGAGGGAGCGCUCACUUGUGGUCGGGAUCCGGGGCGCCGGGCGCACUAUGGGCAGCGGGACAUGAAGCUGCCCCCGGGGGUGACGUCCCAGCAUGAAGCCGCCGGAGAGCCCGGACAGGAACGGCUACGUGCGGAGCUGUGUGACCCCUCUGCAGCCGGACCCCCCGCCCCGCGGCUCCCUGUACCGGCUGGUGUGCGGGGCGGGGGCGCUGCUGGCCGCCGGCUGCUCGGUGCUCGGGGGGCUCGGGUGGGCGCACUGCCUCCUGCACGCCCUUAGUCCGCUCUUCAGCCUGGGCUGCGCCUUCUUCUUCGUCAGCCGGUACCUGCUCCGGGCUCAGUCCGGGGGCCCCGGGGCUCUGUGGCUCCUGGCGCUGCCCGUCUGCUGCUGCGGGGAUGUCCUGCUGCUGCCCGGAGCCGCCGAUGAGCUGCGGCUGCUGCUGGUGCUUCUCUCCGUGGGGCUGCUGAGUCUGUGGCGGGGGCUGAGGCUGCGGCAUGCCGUCCUGCUGCUGCUCUUCUCCGGCCUGGUGUGGUUGGUGUCCCGGAGCAGCCUGGGCGCCCUGCCCCACGCCCUGAGAGCCCUGGGCGGCUGCCUGGUCGGCCUGGCCGGCUCCCUCCUGGCGCUGGGCUGCAGCAAUGGCCUCCUCGGGCGGGAGGCGCCGGCAGGCAGGAGCGGGGCGGCCGCGCUGGAGGACAAGGUGCCGGUGAUCAGGCCCAGGAGGAGGUCCAGCUGCGUGUCCCUGGGGGAGAGUCCCGGCUACUGGGCCGGAGGAAAGAUGUCCCGAAGACCGUCCCUGCCGUGCAUCUCCCGGGAGCAGUUUUUCGCUUAUGAAGUUUGCGGCGCAGCUCUCGUUGGUCUCCAGCGAGGGGUUAACGCGCGGCCGGGUCUGAUUGGCUGCAGGAAGGAGCAGGAUGCACUCAGCGCUGCCAUCAGAGGGGUCUCUUCCCGCUGUCAUGCUCCGGUUUCUCUCCUGCAGGGUCUGAACAGUCGCAGCAGUCUGCCCACCCCUCAGCUGCGCCGGAGUUCGGGGGUGUCGGGGUUGCCCCCUAUGGAUCUGGCGGCUUCCAGAUGGGAGAGAAGUAACGGGAAGAGGACCCAUCCGGAUUACAGCGGGUCCAGCCAAGGAUCUUAUCCCAAUGGGCCCUUCACCUCCAACCUGCUGACUAUACCAAAGCCCCGGUCAUCGUCUGUGACCCUCACCCCCCACAUGGGCCCCAGGAGAGCUGGUACCUCUCCCAGCCUUAGCCCGGUGAGCUCGCCCAGCCAUGGUUCUGCCUUCAUCCGGUCGCCCGUAGAGUUCCCGGACACGGCCGACUUUCUCACCAAACCAAGUGUUACUUUCCAUAAAGCUGCGGGUCACGCGCUCAGCUCUCAGGACACCGCGCAGCCGCUCAGACAAUCUACAAGCCAUACGUGUCACAGUUGUGAUCACAAGAUUUAUAAAUCUACUUCAAACUUGGAAUCGUUGGAUGCGCAGCCCGGAGCGGAGAGCCAACCGCGCAAAUCAGAUGACAAUCACGGCGUUCAGACUGAACCUUUGCACUUAGACAAGACGCACGAGAAGCGACCGCCGAGUAACCGUAAUACGCUACCGGAGGACGACGAACAGCAGCGCGAACCGGCGCAGUCAAAUCAACAGACUCAGAUCCAGGAGGAGUCGGCUCUGGAUCUGCUUCGGGAGGAUCGGGAUCAGUUGUUGCAGAAAUUGGAUAAUUGGAAUUUCCCGAUCUUUGAUCUUAUGGAGAAAACAGGAGGGAAGUCGGGGCGGAUCCUCAGUCAGGUCUCGCACACCUUGUUCCACGAUACGAAUUUGUUCGAAAUCUUCAAAAUCCCAGAAGCGGAAUUCAGAAAUUUCUUCCGGGCCCUAGAAAGCGGCUACCGGGAUAUUCCAUACCACAACCGUACCCACGCCACCGACGUCCUGCACGCCGUCUGGUUCCUGACCACGCAGCCCAUUCCCGGUUUCCAGGAGUUGUCCAGCGACGAGACAGAGUCAGACAGCGGGAUCAGUCACACCUACAUGGCGUCCAGGAGUUGUCCGGUCACGGACGAUAGUUACGGCUGCUUGGCGGCGAACAUCCCAGCGCUGGAGUUGAUGGCGCUGUACGUGGCGUCUGCUAUGCACGACUAUGAUCACCCCGGUCGCACUAACGCCUUUCUUGUGGCCACGAAUGCACCGCAGGCCGUUCUGUAUAACGACAGGUCCGUGCUGGAGAACCAUCAUGCUGCAGCUGCCUGGAACCUCUUCCUCUCUCAGCCGGACUACAACUUCCUGGCGUCCCUGGACCACGUGCAGUUCAAGAGGUUCCGGUUCCUGGUGAUCGAGGCGAUCCUCGCCACUGACCUCAAGAAACACUUUGACUUUCUGGCCGAGUUCAACGCCAAGGUGAACGAUAUGAACAGUAACGGCAUCGACUGGAGCAACGAGAACGACCGCCUCCUGGUGUGCCAGGUCUGCAUAAAGCUGGCGGACAUCAACGGGCCGGCGAAAACCCGCAAACUGCACCUCAAGUGGACGGAAGGAAUCGUCAACGAAUUCUACGAGCAGGGCGAUGAGGAAGCCAGUCUGGGGUUACCCAUCAGCCCCUUCAUGGACCGGUCGUCUCCACAACUGGCCAAGCUUCAGGAAUCCUUCAUCACCCACAUUGUGGGGCCCCUGUGUAAUUCCUACGACGCAGCCGGACUCUUACCGGGGAGGUGGAUAGAGGACGACGAGGAGGGGAUGGAAAGUGACGAGGAGGAUGACGAAGAGGAAGAGGGCGACGACCUGGACACAGAAGAUGAAGAAGUGGACGAGAUUGGUCAAAAGCCCAAGAGAAGGAAAGGUCGGCGGCGGAUGUUCUGUCCCAUCAUUCAUCACCUUCGGGAGAACCACAAGGCGUGGAAGAAAGUCAUUGAGGAAGAGGAGAAAGCCAAAGCGGACGGCGCUAAAUCCCAGCAGAGCGACGUCUCCUCGUUGUCUCCGUCAGACGAGAUUCAGGUGAUCGAGGAGGCGGAUGAAGACGAGGAGAAGUGCUGAGACCGGCGACUGUGACGCUUCACAUACAGGAAGGCCUGAAAACUGUGAGGACCCGGCUCUCCGGCGCCCCCUUCUAUGCACUUUCACCAGACGUUAAAUUGGUACCUAGUACCGUCCCCGAUGCUGCCUGACGCUCUAUACUCACUGACUGUCCUUAAGGUACAAUCAUAAACGACUUUCCUUACCAAAGCCGCUACAACUCGCCGUUUUUAUUUUAACAUUUUUUUUUCUUCCUUUAAGGCCGGAGCAAAGGAUUUUUGCUAAAAUUUUUGGGGAAAAUUUUUUUUUUUUUUUUUUUUUUUUUUUUUUUAUGGUAGUAGGAGCUGCCGCCCCGGCCUCAUCUGUACUAAAGACUUAAACCAGAAUAUUUUUUUUUUGUCUUGUUUUUGUUUUUUAAACAUUGGGAAAAAAAAAUAUCCAGACGCAUCAUUUUUCCGAUGCUUUUUAUGUGUAUAAUAAUCCGCUUGCUUUUUUUUUUUCCGACAUUUUACGUUUAAAUUUUUUUUUUUUUCAGGUUUCAAUUUGGAAUUAUAUAUAUAUAUAUUUUUUGAGUUUCUGUGGUAAAUCCUGAAAAAAAGCGAAAAAAAAAUAUUCAGGAAAAAAAAAAAGAAAAAAAAAAAGCUUAAAUAUUUCCAUAAUGAAGGGAUUUUAUUAUUUUUUUUUUUAUUUAGGCGAUCGAUAUAUAUGUAUUAUAUAUAUAUAUUUUUCCACUCUCUCUUUUCUCAGGAUUUUUAGAUAGAGAUAUAUGUAUGUAUAUGUAUGUAUGUGUGUAUAUAUAUACAUAUACAUAUUUAGUGUCUUUGUAAACACCCGGCAAAAAUAAAAAAUUAGAAAGAAAAUUUAAGAAAGAAAAAACACAAAAAAGUCAUAAAAAAGGCAAAAAAAACAAAAAAAAUAUUCCUUUUCUGCAAAUGUAAAGAGAAAAUGGUGAAGCUGUUUGUACAUAAUAAGCACCUGAUGCGUUCACUCUAUAAAUAUACGUGUGUGUGUGUGUAUAUAUAGAUAUAUAUUUAUAUACAUACAUGUCCACUGCGUAGACCACUU